AUCCACUGAUCUCGCUCUUUCACCCGGAAGUUGUCAAGCGCUCAUAUGUGCCUUUACAAUCAUUAUUACCUUAAAAUCUUAACUUUUUUGGACAUGGUAUGUGGUUAAAUAUUUAAAAGAAAUAAUCUCUAAUGAAUGUACAAUGUCAGGUCGCAAACGAAGCCGAGAGCACCGCGAGGACAGACAUGAACGAAAGAAACAUAAGGAAACAAAACAAGACGAAGACGAAUUCCAUAACCAGACCAGAAAACUGAUUCACGAGGUGCAGAAACUCAAGCAUGUCGAGACUUUCUAUGAAAAUCCUCCGCCUGGGCUCAUAAAGGACGAGGAUGACAGACCAGAGGACUGUAUCCCUGAUGACCCUGGAAAUGAGGACGCGAGGAGUUUUUUGGCUCAUGCUCCCACCAAAGGACUGUGGAUGCCUCUGGGCAAAGAGGUGAAGGUCAUGCAGUGCUGGAGAUGUAAGAAUUAUGGCCACAGAACAGGAGACAGAGAAUGUCCUUUCUUCAUCAAAGGCAACCAGAAACUGGAGCAGUUCAGAGUGGCACAUGAGGAUCCAAUGUACGAUAUCAUCCGUGAAAACAAACGCAAUGAAAAAGAGAUCAGGAUCCAGCAGUUGAGACAGCUGCUUCAAGACACCACCUCCGACUCUGACUCCACCUCGUCUUCCUCUGCCUCCUCUGAUCACACCCAGAAGAAGAAGAAGAAGAAGAAGAAAGAGAAGAGGAAGAAAGAAAAAAAGAAACACAAGAAAAAGAAGAAGCACAAGGCCAAGGCUAGCGAUGACUCAGAUGCAGAUUAAAACAAGGCCAUUGGUGUCUCAGUGUUCAUCAUAGAAGCUCACAAGGUCUGCAGUAGUGCGUCAGCCCUAUCAAAUAUACACAGGAGACCACCCAUCAGUUCCCCAGGCUGUCUUCAGAUCCGCUUAAUAAUGCAUGGAUUCGUUUAAUCCCCCCAUCACAUUGGAAUGCUUAGGAUAUGUGCAUCUCUAUCAGAUUUUCUUAUAGCUGGUUCUUCUCAGACUGUUAACGUGUUUGUACAGAAUGCUUUCUGAAUGUAUGUUGAUUUACAUUUAGCAAAUGUGUCAUUGUGAAAAUAACUGACGAGAGCUGAUGAAACAUGCCAUCUGCUGUCGUGAACAGUGACGUCCGUAAGUGUCAUGUAAAUAAAUCAAUGACUAUGGCUUUUUAGCAGCUGCAACUUCUUUUUAUGGUAAUCUGAUAUUUUUUUUUUAAGGGAUCUUGGCAUUUAUAGGUUGUUCUAACUCAGAUUACAUGUGUGAAUUAAUUUCCUUUAUUUAGUGUUUGGGGCUUCUGCAUCUGGCUGUGGUACGUAAGCGUAGCCAAUUAGCACCUCUUGAAUGGCUGACAAUGGUUUGCACAUCAUUUUUGUCACGAGAGAGGCAGCUCGAGAGGGGAGAAGAUGCUUUUGCUUUUGCUUUGAUCUUGUCACUCAUUGCUGAUUGUCGUUGGAGUACAUGAACCAUUUUGUAUCAAGAUAAAUAGUGCAUCACAUCAUCAAAGGAGCCCUUUAUAAUGCUGCUUCAUUUUGUGACUAUGUAAAUGUAUGCUUUUACAAAAGACAAGAAUACGAUGAAUUAUUAAAUAAGAUAUCAACUUAA